AUGACGAAAGGAGGAACGAACUUGAUCAGCCUGCUCACGGCAAACUGUACCACCUUCCAGAUGCCCGAGGUGGACGAGGAGGACGAAGAGAAGUCGGAGGCUGAGGAGGACGAGGAGGACGAGGAGGACGAGGAGGAAGAGGAGGACGAGGAGGACGAGGAGGACGAGGAGGACGAGGAGGACGAGGAGGACGAGGAGGAGGACGAGGAAGACAUGGAAUGA